AACAUUUGCCUAGUCUACAUUUCACUUUCAUUUUCAGGAUUGCUGCUCCUUCACGUUCGGUCAACGAAGUGUUCUAGAUGCGUUCUGGAAAAGCACAUAUUCCUACUCUUCAGAAAUUAGCUGCGCAUUUGGCAUCAUUCAAGAAUGGCCGGUUGUAAAAACGACAGUUCCCAAGUGAAAGCUGCCCUGCAGCCAGACUUCCCCAUGCAGGACAAGAACAGUGUUCAGGGGGUUAAACGCCACCCAAACAGCGAUGUCCCUGUUGGAAACCUGGUCGACGUUAACCCAACUCUGGUCACCAAAUCACUGCAUGGAGACAGUGAAAGAGAAAGGAAGAAAGAGGCAGAUGGAGGGAAGGAUGGAGGAAGGAAAAGAGACAUGGAGGGGGUGAGGGAUGGAGUGAGGGGUGAGGAGAAGAGGUCGUGCUGCUCUCUCUCUGAGCUGAAGAAAGUCCCUAAGUGUCACGUGGAGCUGGAGCCACUGUCCUUCAGCAGAACUCACCACGUCCUCAUAGAUGUGAAUGAGUUCCGCCAUAAAAUUAAGUUGAAAGCUCAGCCUGGACAGCAUGUGUGGAACAGGGACUUUGUUAAGAUGCCCUGCUCACCAGAAAGCCUCAUCAAGACUGGAUGGUUAACCACCUCUGAGGGAAGUCGUUGGGAGGUGGUCUCGAAACAGCUGGUGAGUCUGGCCAAGAAGACCACUGCAUCAGUGGGUGACGUAGAGAAAGCCAUAAAGAAAUAUAACCCAAAGUAUGAAGAUCAAUGGUCCUUUGAUGCCCUGCACACCUUUGUUCAGAAAGCACCUAAAGAAGAGAACUACUACACGUCUGUUUUUCCUAAGAUAGCAGAGCUGGCCUCCAGACUGCCUCACUAUAUCAAGAAGGCCAUUCCCCUGCUCCAGAGAGGCCAGACUCAUUCCAUCACGUUGUCCCAGAGUCAGAUAGCUUGUCUGCUGGCCAAUGCCUUCUACUGCACCUUCCCCCACCGCAACUCCCCCAACCCCAGAGCAGAGUACAACAACUACCCCACCAUCAACUUUAACAGUCUGUUUGGAAAGUGGUCUGAGAGGAAGAGAGAGAAGCUGAGAGCCAUCCUUCAUUACUUCCACACUGUCACAGACCAAGCGACCAAGCCCAGUGGACUUGUGACCUUUGAGAGGCGCUACAUCAGCGACAGAGACAUGCCCAACUGGAGGAGUUGUAAGGAGACUGUUGCUAAACUCCACGUCACCUCAGCAGGCUGCAUAGAGGAACAGGGAACAGGGAUGCUACAGGUGGACUUUGCCUGUAACAUGAUAGGAGGUGGAGUGUUGGGCUCAGGUCUGGUUCAAGAGGAGAUUCUGUUCCUGAUGAACCCAGAACUCAUCGUAUCUCGACUCUUCACUGAGAGACUAGGAGACAACGAGUGUCUCUUCAUCACAGGCUCUCAACAGUUCAGUCAGUACAGUGGCUACAGCGACACUUUUCAGUGGAAAGGGCCUCACAAAGACAACAUUGAGAGGGAUGAAUGGCAGAGGCUACACAGGCAGAUUGUAGCCAUGGAUGCUCUCCACUUCAGACACCAGAGAGAACAGUACAACAUGAGACAGGUCACCAGGGAACUCAACAAGGCGUACUGUGGCUUUAAGGCAGGUGACAACACUCACCCAGACCUCCUUCCUGACAUCGCCACGGGCAACUGGGGCUGCGGAGCCUUCAAUGGAGACCCCAAACUUAAAGCUCUGAUCCAGCUGAUGGCUGCAGCCAGGGUUCAGAGAGGCGUGGCCUUCGUCACCUUCAAGAACUUCAGUUUGGAGAGAGAGCUGCAGAACAUGCACCAACUACUGGUCACACACAGAACUACAGUGGGUAAACUGUAUGAAUUGCUGGAUGACUACUGUGCUGUGAUACAGUUGUCUCACACACAUGUGGACCUAUUUGACUGGAUCAGGAACACCCUGGAACACAGGAGUCAGCUGUGAGGACACAUCUCAAUACUCUAAAGGAGCUUCCUUUCCUUGUCUCCUUUCCUUUUUAGGAUUAUUGAGAUGCACCCCAGAGAUAGAGUGGCUCUAUGAAUGAUCUGUGGAUAGAAACAUAGUACAAUUCCAAGUAAUGGUUGAUUAUGAAUGUGUUUCUCUUUUCGCUACUACACUGUUCCUAAAUCAAACUUAUACAUUUGUAACUGCUGCAUACUGAACUAUUUAGAAAACAACUAAAUGUGAUGAUAAAACGAAGCUAAUGAAAUGAUGUCAGCAAAACCAGGGGUCCUGCUUUUUGAUUUUUCCCUUGAUGAUAGCCAACAACUCAACCAGCACCAGUUGAAGUCGGAAGUUUACGGACACCUUAGCCAAAUACAUUUAAACUCAGUUUUUCACAAUUCCUGACGUUUAA